AUGUGGAUGGUUUUCGAAAACGAGGAUCUUCAAGGGGCGAGUACUGGCCAGUUUUUCUGCCACUUUAUGAUGUUACGGGGUGAAGGAACUUUUCGGGAAUACAGUCCUCAUAUGAUGAUUCUUGCUGCAAUUAUGCAAACCAACAAAAAGUUGUGGCCGACUGAUUUUGUAUCACUAUUUGAGAGGAUGAGGCUAGAACUGGAGUCUAUCACAAAAGAUCCUUUACAAAUUAUUUUUGACGGCGUAGUACAUAAAGUUAGAUUAGAAUUAUUUCAAUCUAUUCUGGAUAUGGACGUCAGACUGUUCCGUGAGUUCCAACAAAAAUACUCAUCUUGCAGGCGUCUAGAAAAAUUUGCGGUUUGCCUUCGUGGCGAUCUUAUGGUGGUUGCGCAUAUUGCUCCGUUGAAGGGACUCCAAUUAAAACGAAAUCAGGAAGUAAAAUCUGUUGGUAUCCUAGCUAACCAGUUAUUGAGUACAAUUCGGAUGAUUCUCCCCCGACUGUACAACUUUGCCUUGCCGACUCUUAUGACUUUAUUUACCACACCGACUCAAUGGCUUUGCCUGAUCUUCCUACAUUGGCUGACUACUCGCCUGGUAUCAGAUGUUCAUCUUUCGAAAAAAGAAUGCGAAGAUAUUGAUGUAUUGGCACCUCUUCUGAGCAACUACGUGGGAGUUAGAUUUCCAAUUCUGUACACAAUGAAGUUCCAUUAUCUAGUGGAUCAUUUGGCAAAAAGAAUCCGUAAGCAUGGAAGUCCAUUGCUCAGCAGCGCAGCUCCAUAUGAGCGGCAGAAUCAGACGCUAGGAAGAAGCUCGAAUACCUACACAACCCGGACUAUGAUUAAUGUUUCAAGCCGCUUCAUGGCCUUGAAAAGAGCAACUUUCUCAUGUUUGGCAAUUGUUGAAAAUUGGAACAGUGAUCUGAAGAUGCCUGCCACAAUGCAAGCGCUUGGAAAACAUCUUAAUGAGGCACCUAAUACUGAAAAUAUAGACGACUGUCCGCUGGAAAAGAAAGAAGAAGAAUAUCUUAAUCGAUAUAUGAAAAAUAAGCCGGUUUUUCGAUCCUCAUGGUCCAAUGGAAGAAAACAGUUUUCAGUAAGGAGAAAAUGUAGUGAUCGUCUCGUUCAUAACUGCUACAUUUACUAUUUCAACAAAAAUAUGGAUGUAGAAUUCGGAAGUAUCGAAAGAAUUUUCAUAGAUGAGAAGGAUCGAUUUAUGAUUUUACUCCAAAGAUUCGAAACCAGAAAUCCAUUUGAUUAUUUAACAACGAAUUUAAGCAACUUUGCUCAGUGGCAUAAUUUGAAAAUUGAUUGGAACUCCUCUAACACCUUUUUCCGUCAAAUUGUAGGCUGUUCUUAUUCUAUUGUUGACGCUCGUUAUCUUGAAGGCUAUGUCACAGUUCUUGAAUUUUCCGGUUUCUCAAAAACCAUGGGUAAGAAAAAGAAUGAAGUCACAAAACUUCUAGAAAGCUUUGGUGAAACCUCAAAAAUGGAAACCGAGCGGAGCAGAAAAAGAAAAGGAUUGCAUAAGGAAGGUCCACAGCCAGAAAGAAAAUUUGGAGCAAUUAUUAAGACCGAAAACACGAACAUUUUUCGAGCAUCGGAAAAUAACAAUCCAAUUUUCAACAAUCCCGAAGAAGCUCAAAAGAAAUAUCCGAAUUUCAAACCGUAUGAUGUCACUCCUCUAGUUGACAAAGUUGUAUCUUCUGACGAAUCCUCAAACAACUCCGUAGAAAUGGAUGACAGAAACGAAUCGGAUUCAAUGGAUAAUGCGAGAAAUGUUCACCAAAUGAGCAACAGUUCGUUCAGUCUGUCACAACACUUAGGAAAAAACAUAAAAGAAGAGCCUCCGAUUGAGAGACUGGAGGCUGCCAUUAAAACUGGAAACCCACUAUCAAUCGGACAAGUACUUCGCGAAGGAUUUUCCAAAAAAACACUGACAGAAGUGCAAGUGGAGGAGCUGUGUAGAAGCGUCCCAAAACCAGCAAUAUCUCUUCUUCAGUUCUACAACGAUUAUGAACAAUCUACACCAGAAGAUCGUGCUGCUAUUCCAAUUGGGCAACGUCUUUUGACCAAAAUUGCAAUGCUCGAAAGCAGAUCUGUCGACAAGCUACAAGCAUCCGUGAAUUCGCUGGCAUCUUCAUUUGUUCAACAUACUAAAGUUGCGAUGUUGGUGAAAAGAACACUUCUAAGAACUCAUACAACUGAAGCCACAGAUAAUUUUCCGAAAAUUAAAUUAUCCGCAGCAUAUGCUCGAACGAAUUUGAUUGGAGAUAAUGGAUUUUCACAAAUGACGUACUUCUUGACCAAAUUGUUUUCCAAUUUGCUCACUCCCAAUUAUGCAAUCUGGAAGUACACGUAUAGACCAAGAUGCAUUAGACCCGCUGAUAAGCAUUUCGAAUUGUUUCCAAAACAGAUUGCAGACAAGCUUAUUGACUUCGCUUUUGACUGCAUUGGAAUUUACCUUCCCGAUGACCUACUGCAUGGUCCUAUUGAUCCAUUGCACCCUUUUCUUGAUGAGCUAGAUGAUGAUUGCGAUGCCACAAAAGAAGUCGAGAGACGUCGAGCCGAGAGUGAAUUAGUCUCACAGACUAUGCAAUCAGCGAUUGGUCACAUGUUGAACUACAUUCGAGAUUAUCAUCUUGAUAUUCGUACCGGUUCACUGGAGAGUUGUAAGAGCACCAAAGUGAUUACUACUGCCUAG